AAACUCACUCUUUCUGCUCUCAUGGAGGAAGGUACCAAGUCCAAAAAGACGGUUUUUGUGGGCGGCAUCGGGGAUGACGUUGACGAGGCCGUAAUUUAUGAAAAUUUUGCACCUUUUGGUGCGCAAUCACCCUCGUUUCAGUCAUUGCAUUCAUCGACUCGGUGUACCAGGAGAUGUAAUAGAAGUUCAGCUUCCUUCUGCUGCGACGAACCCGUCUCAACAGGCCGACGCUAAACAUCGGGGUUUCGCCUUCGUCACAUAUGGCUCUUCUGCUGACGCCCAGGAUGCAAUAGACAACAUGGACCUCAACGAACUAAAAGGCCGAGUUAUCAAGGUUAAUCUCGCCAGACCGAUGAAAACGCCGAUGCAACUGGGAGGAAAUCGUGCAGUGUGGGAGUCCGAAGAAUGGCUCAAGCAAUAUGCAAAGCCAUUAAGUCAAAGCGGAGGUGUACAAGGUCGUAAAGCAGCCUCGCAGGGUGGCCAAGAAGCCGCCGAAGCAUCAGAAAAUGCGGAACCGAUGGAUGAAGAAUAGGAGCUCGAGGACAUCUACAGAACAGAGUACGCUCUUGCCAUACAUCCAGACCCUUCCCGUUGACCGUACC